AUGGCUGGAGUGUUGACUACUUCGAAAAGUGGGACUUUGGACCCAUUUGGUAAAGACAAAAGCAAGAAAUCGUCCUCGCUAGACGACCUUGUACAAUCAUCAAGAAACCUACCCAGGCGCUUGGAUGAUAUCGAUACAUUGUAUUUGAGCUUGAACGAGAUUCAAAAAAGAGCUUAUAAGCUUAGGAAAUACAACAAGGCAGAUACAAAGUCCAAUCCAUAUACCAAAGCUCACUAUCUUUUGAUUGGCAAAGGAUUGACUAUCGAAGAAAUUGAUAAUGAGCUAAAUAACAUUAAAAAAUUAGCACACAAGCAUGAGUAUAAUAGUCAAUUGAGCAGAAACAAUAAUACACAAAACGCAAGUUUAGGUGCUUAUGCAAGACAGAAACCCAGUAAUCUUGAGUUUUAUAUGUCAAGGCAAAAAGACGAAGAUGUGUUAUUGGCCAUUGAAAGUUCACUAUCGUCCGCUGCUAAAGAUUUUGACAGUUAUGUUAAUAAUAAUAUCCACCUAGAUUGGAAGCGAAGAAAAGGUGAACUUUGUGAAAAAUUAUCAGCUGUAUUGAAAAGAGAUGCAUCAACGUCACUAACUUCGCCAGAUAAGAAGUCAAAAAAACUUACCCAGAAAGAACUCAUUGAGAAACAGUUGAUUUGGGGCACGCAUACUUCCAAAAGCAUAAUAUCAUCAAACUUCAAAUUCAACGAUGUUCAGAGUGCCAAACACUUGGACUCGCUUAUGAAUCCAAACAUUUCUUACGCUAUGAGAAAAAAGUUCGAGUUAUGUGCUGAGGUUAUUUAUGAACUUAAUGAAGCGAGACAACAAAAAACCUGGUAUAAACUUGCAACUGUUUUCUCAAGUUUGAACAAGUCUGAUUUAGCAAGCAGCAAGUCUGAGCAACUUCAUGAUGCUUCAAACACGUUCGAAUCUAUCAAAUUGAAAGAAAAUAUUGAGCAGAAAAGUAGAGAAUAUUUAGAGUCCCAGUUCAGGGAUUACAUCAACGAUUUGUAUUCCGUUAACAAGACUCCAUCUAUGAAGGAUCUCUCUAAAUUUGAUCAAGCAAAAUCAUUAACCCCAAACGUUGAUAAGGUGGUAAAUUUUAUUGAGAUGAGUUUGAAAACCAAGCAAAAAAGCUGGAAGGUUCCAAAUAUGACAUUUGUAAAUGGAUUACCUCUUUGGGCAAUCCUAUUUUACUUAUUAAGAGCGGGUUGUUAUGAAGAAGCCGUAAUUUUUGUUUCAAGAUAUGAAAGCUCGUUCCAAAAACUCGAAAAGUCCUUUUCGCUUUAUCUGAAAUCAUAUUGUGAAAGCAAAGAAAGAAAACUACCUCAAGAAUUGCAAGGAAGACUCAAUAAUGAGUUCAACCAAUAUUUCAAGAACUCUACUAAGGACAUUGAUCCUUAUCGUUAUGCAACUUACAAAAUCAUCGGUAGAUGUGAUUUGGCCAGAAAGACGCUACCUUCUAUUACAUUAAGUAUCGAAGACUGGCUAUGGCUACAUUUGUCCCUGAUAAAAGAGGAUGAUUCUUCUACCUUUGAAUCUGAUAUCAUAUUCAAUGAUGCCAACGAGAAUGUGACUAAUGACACAUACAGUUUACUUGACUUACAAAAGAGCGUACUUGAGUUUGGCGUAGAUGCCUUCAACAGCUCUUCCAAAAAUCCUAUGUACCUUCAAACUCUACUACUUGUUGGGCUAUAUGAGGAUGCCAUCAAGUAUUUGAUGUUCAGCAAUGAAAUAGACGCAGUUCAUUUAGCAAUCACAUUAAACUAUUAUGGUCUUAUUAGAAUUUCUGAUGAAAAGACAAAUCCUUCUUUUGCAGAAAAUUUAUUGAACGUUGACUCUCAAGGAUUCAAAUCGAUUAAUUUUGCUAGAAUGGUUGGUAACUAUGUGAAAACUUUCAAGUUUAGUGAUCCAAGGGUUGCAGCAGAAUAUCUUUUUUUGAUAUGUUUGAGUGAAGGGUCUGAUGAGACUUUUAAGCAAGAGCAGAUUGAACUUUGUCAUGAAGCUGUUCGUGAAUUGGUAUUAGAAACAAGAGAGUUUGUUUUAUUACUAGGAAAAAUUACAAAAAAUGGCAUGAGAAUUCCUGGUGUUAUUGAAGAGAGAAAGUCACUGAUCUAUUUAGAAGACGAAAAUGCAUUUUUGGACAAUAUUGCUGAAAAGGCUGCGCAGAAGGCCAGUGAAGACGGCAGAUUAAUUGACUGUAUACUGCUUUAUCAAUUGAGUGAAGAAUAUGACACAGUCUUGAAAAUUGUCAACAAAUUACUUGGCGAUUUUAUAAAUUCAAUAGAUCUGGCUAAUAACUUUGAGUCUAUCAGUGAUAUUCCAGGCACUACUGAAACGGACGAUGAAAACAAUAUUAUCAAACUUAGCGAUAAUUUGCUGAAGGUUUACAACGCUUCUCCAGAAAUUUUGUCGAAGACUUCUGCCAAGAAUAGAGUCACUUGCAGAAAAUUAUUGGAUAUUUUUGAGAUAAUCAAGGAGUUUGGUAAUGACAAGGAACUUGGUAACAAGUGCAUGAAAAUCAUAGAUCAAAUCAAGUGUCUUGAAUUGAUUCCAAUUAUGACUAACAAUGAUAUUUCGAAGAUCAGGAACUACAUAAACGAGUUCAGCAAUUAUGAUGAAUGUAUUAUGAAGAACAUACCAAAGUUGCUAAUUAUUGAAAUGACUUGUUUGCAAAAGCUAAUUUCCUCUCUGACUUACUCAUCGAUGGGUAACGAUGCCAAACUUUACGAUUUGAAGCAAAUCUCCAAAAAUUGUAUGAUAUAUGCUGGGUUAAUCAAGUACAAGAUGCCUAGGGAGGUUUACACUCUUUUGAUCAAUUUGGAAAUUAAUAUCUGA